AUGAUUUUAGCAGAUAAGUUAGUCAGUGGUGCUGCUUGUGCCAAAACCGUUACAUUUUGGAACACACUUCAGAUGUACAAGAAUUACGGCGAGGUGGAAAUAUUCGAUCCUCGGGUAGAGCUCAAAAAAGCUAAGAAUUCGGUUGAAACAUAUUUAAAACGACGCGCUAAGGCUGCCUGGGCAAGUUCAUUUCUUUCUGAAUUAAGCAUUUCACUCACACUCUUGGAUGCCAAACUAUCUUUGGAGUCACGCCACAUGGCUAAUUUGACGGAGCACGACGUCAACGAUCCAAUGAGUGCUCAUUUUAUACGUUUUAUGGCAGCAAAGCAAGAAAAUGAUGGUGCUCGAGUGCAUGCGCAUGAUCAUACUGGAAAUGUGAUCGAGGUGAACAGCUCACGACAGUUUAAUCUGACGCCGAAUGCAAAUUUUUAUGGAAUUCGGACAAGUUCGCUCUCCUCCGCUGUGCAUAUUCCCACACCCGUCUAUGACAGGAGUAAGAACGAUUUCUCGUAA